AUGCAUCCUGUGCCGCCAAUAGCAUCUAAGGCGCUCAACAUCUGUCGUGAUCAUCUAAGUCAACACGGAUUGAAGGCCUCCGAUGCCUCCACACUGCCACAGACCACCUUCGACCUUCCACCAUUACAAGGCAAGGACCUCGCAGAGCACUUUUGGAACAUCGGCAGGGACGUCGCUCAGCCGUGGCUUGGCAUGGCCUUCCGCCUCGCAGAGCUCAAGCCCACCGAACCUCCAGAAGAGUCAGAGGAAUCAAGCGGACCCAAGGCGGCGGCUGCCUCUGCCGAAGACUUUCGCUUCGAAGCUAGCGAGUGGCUUCAGCUCGACCCGGCUCUCCGCACCCCUGGCCAUUUGAAACCAGUCACUUGGUCAAUAGAGCCCGGAUGGACGAAAUACCCCAUUCUUCGAUCCGAAGACGGCUCGGCAUCGGCGCUUGGUCCCGGUGUGUCCGUCCCAUUCCCAGACAAGGACGAUGACAUGCUCGUAUUUGACGUUGAGACCAUGGUGCAAGAAAGCCCAUUCCCAGUCAUGGCGACCGCUGCUGGUCCCAAUGCAUGGUACAGCUGGCUCUCUCCCUGGCUCCUACAGCGCGGCCAAGAUCAUGAGCGCAAACACCAUCUCAUCCCACUCGGGCCCAGCGCACCAAACAACCGAGCGCGUCUCGUUGUAGGUCACAACGUCUCCUAUGAUCGUGCCCGCACACUCGAGGAAUAUACCCUCGACCUCGGCUCUACCAGAUGGCUUGAUACUAUGUCACUACAUGUCGCGACCCGAGGCAUCUCGUCUCCGCAGCGGCCCGCUUGGAUGAAGCACAACAAAGCCAAAGCAGAGAAGCGCGCCAAAAAGCUGCUCGAGCAGGCAGCAUUAAAGGAAGAGACGCGCAGAGCCAUCGAGAAUGCACUCUCUGGUCUCGAGUAUGAUUCGGAACAACUCGAAGGUCUCAAACUGGAAGGUCUCGCCGUAGAUGCUGUUCAGCUCACGUCGAAUCCGCCGCUUGACGAAGCUGGCGCUGGCGGCGAUGCGAGUGGAGCAGACUCCCCUUCCGCACUCGACAUGCCUUUCAGCGAUGACGAAAGCGGAGGCCUCGCCUCUCGCGUCUCACCGCCUAGCUCGGCAGAGUCGCAAUGGCUCGAAGAGACCUCCAAGAAUUCGCUCGCCGACGUCGCCCGCUUGCAUCGCAUCCCCAUGAAGGUCUCCAAAUCGGCGCGCGACGUCUUUGUCGAUGGCACAUCUCGAGAGGAAAUCUUGCGCGAUGCACAGCACUUGCUUAAUUAUUGUGCCUCCGACGUUGCUGUGACGCACGAGAUCUUCCGUCGCACUUGGCCCGACUUUGCAGCUCGAUGCCCGCACCCGGCCACAAUUGCCGGUGUCUUUGGCCUCGGCUCCACUUUUCUCCCCGUCGACGACGAAUGGAUCGAUUAUCAGAAUCGCUGCGACGAGCAGUUCAAUCGCAUUAACGACCAAGUGCAGGAAUGCCUCGUGGAUCUCGCCGAAAAGCUUCGAAAUGAUGGCACAAAGGACGUACCUUGGAGCCUUGCCGCCCAAAUCGCCGAAGAACGCCAGCUAAUGACGGAUCCUGAGCAGGACGGUCCCGUCUUUCCAGACUCAUCACGUCCACGAGCUUGGUUCGAGGGCGAUCCGUGGUAUUCGCAAUUGGACUGGACGCCCAAGAGACCCAAGAAGGCCAAAGUAGCCGAAGCAGAUGGCAGCGUGACACCUCGCUCCGAGUUUUCGGUGCCCGCAUGGUACCGCGAUGGGGUGCUUCGCAACAAGACCAAGGAUGGCUUCUCCUUCAAGAGCACCAUCGCCCAGCAACUGUUGCGAUUGCGCAUCGACGGCAAAGCAGUACUGCGUGGCGAAGCGCGAGGUUGGAUGCUCGAAGAUGGCACUGCACUGGUCGGGAGCAAUCUCUUCGCCGCUUCCGCUCUCAAGAAGUAUGGCGCGCAGAUGUCAAGCGAUGUAGGUCCUGUCGGAUCCUCGAUCCUCGCAAAAAUCACCGCCGGCAACUCUGCCACUUCCUCUACCGACACAAGCAGCCAGCUGCGCGAACUUGCCAAUUCGAUCAGACUGCUCUCUGACGAAGAGGUGGAAGCAGACGCGCAGCUCGCCCAACUUGACUGGUCGCCCAAAGACAUCCGCCUCGAGGAGCUCAGGGCACUACGUAGCAGCAGCGAGGAGCCAACUCAAGCGGGUGGAACCACGAGUGCUGGCACAGAAGUCAUCCCGGAACCAGAAUGGUGGCCAAAAUGGUACUGGGACCUGUACAAGAGUGCAACGGGCGAACUGCAAGUCACCAUCCGUUCUGCCAUUGCGCCAAUCCUGCUUAAGAUCUCGUGGAGGGGAUGUCCACUCUACCGCAGUCGUGAGCACGGAUGGAUCUUCCGCCAUGAUCCCACCGAAGCAUCGGACCUCGUGACCCGCCAGACACCCCUCGCGUUCGGGAUGGCCGCUGAUGGCUUGCUCCAACACUUGGCGAUGCCGCUAGAGGGAAAGACAGCCAGAUCGAAAAAAGCCAAAGCAAAGGGCAAGGGCGCUGCUGCCAAGGGCGAGAAAGAUGCUCCUGCUCUUGUGGUCAAGGCAUUCGGCACCUCGACCUUCUACAAGGUGCCUCACAGCGAAGGAGAGGGUGCCAACGUAGGCAGCCCUUUCUCAAAGUCGUUCAUCGCCUACUUCGAAGACGGUACGCUGGAGAGCCAGCAUCCGGACGAAGUUGGUCGCACGGCAGCCAAGACAGCGCUGGAUCUGAAUGCACAGUGUAGCUACUGGAUAGCAGUACGCGACCGUGUGCACAAGCAGAUGGUGGUCUGGGAUGGUGAGGCUGGCACCGCAAUGUGCUACCCGAGCGGUGCAUCCGGAGCACGCCAGGACAGACCAGGCGAGGCAGACCGUAGGAAAGGACUAAUCCUUCCGCAGGUCGUCAGCAUGGGCACAGUCACCCGCCGUGCCAUCGAAAACACGUGGCUUACCGCUAGCAACGCCAAGAAGAACCGCGUUGGAUCCGAGCUCAAAGCUAUGGUCAAGGCACCACCGGGCUACAGCCUCGUCGGAGCUGACGUCGACUCGGAGGAGCUCUGGAUCUGCAGUGUGAUGGGAGACGCGCAAUUCGGCAUUCACGGCGCCACAGCCGUCGGUUGGAUGACGCUCGAAGGCACCAAAGCUCUCGGCACCGACCUGCACUCCAAGACCGCUUCGAUCCUCGGCACCAGCCGUAACCAGGCCAAGGUGUUCAACUACUCGCGCAUCUAUGGUGCGGGCAUCAAGCACGCCACACAUCUGCUGCUCAAGGCAAACCCAAGCAUGAGCAACGAGGAGGCAACCCAAAAAGCCAAGGAGCUCUACAUGGCCACCAAGGGCCAGAACACACACACAGAUGAACUGUUUGGCGCCAAGUUCUGGUUCGGUGGCACUGAGAGCUAUGUAUUCAACAAGCUCGAGAGCAUCGCCCUCUCUGACAAUCCCAAGACGCCGGCGCUGGACUGUGGCGUCACCAAUGCGCUGACCAAAAAGUACCUGGGCAAGGUUGACUUUGGCAACGGCCGUCUAUCGGAGGAAUACAUGCCAAGUCGCAUCAACUGGGUCGUACAAAGUAGCGGUGUGGACUACCUCCAUCUGCUGAUCACCGCGAUGGAAUGGCUAUCGAAGCGGUACAACAUCGACGCCAGAUUUAUGCUCUCGGUGCACGACGAGGUGCGAUACCUGGUCAAGGACGAAGACAGGUACCGAGCCGCGUUGGCUCUGCAGGUCGCCAACAUCUGGACGCGAGCCAUGUUUGCCUUCAAGCUCCAGAUGGACGAUCUGCCGCUUGGGUGCGCGUUCUUCGCCCAGGUAGACAUCGACAAGGUGUUACGCAAGGAGGCAGAUGAUCCGUGCGUGACGCCGUCUCACCCGGAGGCGAUCCCUGUCGGGGCAGCUCUGGACAUCGAGCAGAUUCUUCAACACACCAAAGGGUCGCUUUACAAGGACGGCAAUGCUGGCUCGCCGAAGACUUCGGCGGCAAGCCACCACGGUGACACCACUUUCCCCCCGUACGUUGCAUCCACUCAGGUGCACCGAUCGCUUGGUGAGCGUGGACUCUACUUCUUGCAAGCACAGGCGUCCAAGGAACUUGCGGAAAUCAGGGCUUUGGAAGCGCGUUCCAAGAUGGCUGAGCGUCCUGCGGACGCUCCCGUGAAUCCAACGGGCCGCGCACGGCUGCGGACCGCGACAGCGGGUGAGGCUGGUCAAGGGGUUGCCUUUGCUUCGACCAUGUCGAGGAGCGCUGCUUCGAAGCCGAGUUGCUUUGAUGAGGAUGCAUGGGUUCAGACAUGCGCUGAAGAGGCGGCUGCAAGCAAACCUGCACGCCAUGGCCGUGUUUCCCACGGCACAGCGUCCAGAAACAUCUCAAGGAGUGGCGUACGACCCAGUGCUAGCAGAAGCAAGCAGCGCGCAACGUCGACGCAUGCCGUGCCGUCGAAAGCCGGCUUUUGUACAGCUGCUCCCGCCUCUCGAUCUGCUCAGUCCCGAGGCACGAACGCCGCAGAUGUGACGGACAAUGCCCUCACGUUGGCAGCCUUUCUUCCGCGUCGUCCGGCCAGAAAGCGAGUGCCAUUCUUCCGCGAAGCCGCGCACCGACGACUGGUGUUGUGGCGGCUGUAUCGACCGCUUCUGCGACAGUGUCCCACCAGUUGCCCUUCGAUCAAGCAGGAAAUCAGACGACUCAUGCGCAAGAUGAAGCCAUUGACGUCGCAGAUCAAGGUUUCUGCACUCAUUCAAGAAGCGCACAAUGAUCUCGCCACGUUCCAGCUUGCUAAUGGCGGUGACGAGAGUGUUCAAUCAACUCUGCUGGCGCGAGAGCAAGCCUUGGCCGAUCGAAAUCACCGUCAAACGUGGAACACGUUUUGGGCGAAAAAGGUGCACGAGCAAAAGUACCCAAAGCGCAUCCCGCACCACUCGGGCGCGCUGUUACCUCCCACGAUCUUCAACCGGCCGCUUCCACGGUACAAACCCGUACAGCCUACGGCGGUGAGCAUGAUGAUCUAUCGGCGACGUGUAGCUCGGCUUCGUCGAUCCGAACGGCAGAUGGAGGUCAACGAGAUGCUGGCGGCUCAACGAAUGGAGGGUCAGCUUGUUUCGCAGCUGAUGGAGGGCAAGCGAGGGGCGGUAAGAGCCAGCAAUGAGGAGAAGGACUUUGAAGCGCGGCUGCGAGCGCAGCAGCGAGUGAUUCAGGAAGGUUUUGAGCGGGACCAGGCACGCGUGUCGAUGCAAUUUGAUCGCAAGACGUUGGUCAUGGCUCAGAGGGCAAGGCGCGCCAAGAAGCGGGUUCACUUGGCUCGCAAGCACGCAGCUGCGAUGGAGCGGUGGAGAGCUGCUGGAGGGAAGGAAGAGGUCGGCGAGUCUAACACAGCAUAG